CCCCCGGCAGGGGCAUAGGGUGACGGGAGAGGGUCAUGGGGUGUGAGUGAUCCUGAGCUCUCGAGCCCCCGAGGGCCGCGGCUUCCCCUUGCCCCGCGGCCGGGAGCAGCGCGCCGGGCCCCUCACUCGCCAGCCCGCCCACCGUCCAGCGGCGGCGCGGCCCAUGCGGCUGGGGGCGGAGGCCGGAUCCGGCGCGGGCUGGGCGUCUCAGGGGCGGCCGGCGGCCCGGCGAGGUGAGGGGGCGGCGGCGGGGCCCGGCCCAGCCCGGUGAUUGGCCGCCGACUGAGGGCCGCCGGGCGGCCGGCGGCGGCGGGGCGGGGAAGAGCCGGCGGAGCCUUCCGCGUGCGGAGCCGGGAAGAUGCUGCUGUCCCUGGUGCUCCACAUGUACUCGAUGUGCUGCGUGCUGCCGGCCGCCGUGCUCCUGGGCACGGCUCCCACCUACGUGCUGGCCUGGGGGGCCUGGCGGCUGCUCUCCGCCUUCCUGCCCUCGCGCUUCUACCAGGCGGUGGACGACCGGCUCUACUGCAUCUAUCAGAGCAUGGUGCUCUUCUUCUUCGAGAACUACACCGGCGUGCAGAUAUUGCUAUAUGGAGAUUUGCCAAAAAACAAAGAAAACAUAAUAUAUUUAGCAAAUCAUCAGAGCACAGUUGACUGGAUCGUUGCUGAUAUUUUGGCUAUCAGGCAGAACGCUCUCGGACACGUGCGCUAUGUGCUGAAAGAUGGGCUGAAAUGGCUUCCAUUGUAUGGGUGUUAUUUUUAUCAGCAUGGAGGGAUCUAUGUAAAGAGAAGUGCCAAAUUCAAUGAAAAGGAAAUGAGAAAAAAGCUGCAGAGCUACAUCAAUGCAGGAACUCCAAUGUAUCUUGUGAUUUUUCCAGAGGGAACAAGGUAUAAUCCAGAACUAACAAAAGUCAUUUCAGCUAGUCAAACAUUUGCUGCUCAAGAAGGCCUUCCAGUAUUAAAACAUGUGCUGACACCAAGAAUAAAGGCAACUCAUGUUGCUUUUGAUUCUAUGAAGAAUUACUUAGAUGCAAUUUAUGAUGUUACAGUGGCUUUUGAGGGGACUGUGGAUGAUAAAGGGCAGCGGAAAGAAGCGCCGUCCAUGGCUGAAUUUCUCUGCAAAGAAUGUCCAAAAAUUCAUAUUCACAUCGAUCGUAUAGACAAAAAAGAUGUCCCAGAAGAACAAGUAUACAUGAAAAGAUGGCUUCAUGAACGUUUUGAAAUAAAAGAUAAAUUGCUUAUAGAAUUCUAUGAUUCACUGGACCCAGAAAGAAGAAACAAAUUUCCCGGAGAAAGUGUUAAUUCUAAACUAAGUCUCAAGAAGACCUUACCAUCAUUCUUGAUCUUAAGUGGUUUGACUGCUGGUAUGCUUAUGACCGAGGCUGGAAGGAAACUAUAUGUAAAAACAUGGAUUUAUGGAACCUUAAUUGGCUGCUUGUGGUUUCCACUGUCUUCGAGUUCUUUUCCUUUGGAUCACCGGCAGGGGUGCGGCUCGGGGCUGCCACAGGGGCUCACGGGAAAGCACUGUGUCGCCAGCCAGCGUUUGUCCUGAUGCAGAGCUGAACCAUUUAAGCUCUCGUGAGCCAGCCCACCAUCCACAGCAAAGGCAUUUUGUAUUCGUCUUAUGUCAAGAAAUCACCUUCCUCAAGCCAGUGAAGUACAGACUUAAUCCAUCAGGACGGAGUAAAUUUGUUUCGUUCCCAUUGGUAUUAAUGGGGCCACACAAUUCAUCUGUAUCACCUGAAAAGAAGAGCUUUGUUUCAGGAACCAAAUCACAUAAUUUUCAGUCAUGGAACAAUAAAUCCCCUACAAGAGGACCUUUUUUAAAGUGUGAUCUGCUCUAUUUUUAAUGUUACAAUUCAAGCUUGAUUGCCUACUGGUCAUUUAAGAUACCAGUUCUGCUUCCGAGUAAUGGAUUUUUAUCACCAUUUAAAUCAUGAUAAACAAAAUGGAAACACAAAUUAAGGGAAAUUUGGUCUGAUUUUCCAGAACCAGAGUAAGCCAUUUCAAGUAACCCCUCUGAAGAGUUGGGUGGUAUGAAUUGGUUUGUGUAUGUUAGUAUGUGUGUAUGUAUUGAUACACACAUUCCCACAGGAUACAGUUGGCCUCAUUAUGAAUGCGGGUGCAGGUAAAACUUUUGUUCUCAUGCCAAAUUGCAAUUUUCUCUUACCCUGUAAAGUGCAAUUUAGAUCAAUCCCAUGUCUUCGUUAAAUACUCUUUUUAACGGUCCUAAACUUAGAAACUAUUUCUAAUUAGAUCACAAUAAAUGUAAGUUGUGUAACUUACUUUGAAUGUCAUGGAUAUGUUCUCAAUUUAAAUUUUAAGAAGCAAUACCAUUGGAAUCAUGUUGAUUAUAACUGAUUUGAAGAAGGCCAAGUGAACUGCAUAAGAUCACUUGAACAGCAUGUUUCUUGUAACUAUCCUUAUAUUCUUCUCACAAAAGGUCUAUAAAAUGUUUAAAAUUUUUUUGUAUCAAAAUAUUUGGAAAAUUAGAAGCUUCUUUUUAACGUGUAUUGAUAUGACUUGAAUUAUUAUUUUAUGAAAUUAAGAGCCCUAUAUACCUGUAAAUCUUUUCACAUAAUAUCAUUUAAGCUUUUGUUUGUGUUACUCUUGAUUUGCAGCUUAGUUAGUACUUGGUUUAUCUUUAAAAAAAUGCAGCCAAUGUGCAUGCUUUUAUGUUUUUCGCAGAAGGGUGUGUUUGGAUGAAAGUAAAAGAAAAAAUAAAAUCUUUCACUGUCUCUAA